AGGACCGGGCACACCAUGAAGGGUAAACACCGGCACAGGCCAAGAAUUCCGGGAAAACAAAACCCAGCAGAGCUGUUUCUUGGAAACCCGCUGUCCUCACGUCAGCCAAGGCCCCGGCGCGUGCGGAACCCCCCGCACUGGCCUCUUGAUCAGCAGACAGACAGGAAGAAGCUCUUUGUUCUUGCUCCCAAAGGACCAGGCUCAGCCCAGCUCUCGCUCCAGCGGCUGCCCCCCCGCCAGCCCGCCAUGGAACUUGUUGGCCCUGCCAUCGGGGCAGCCGUAGGGAUCGGGCUCUCUCUGGUUGUGGUGCCAGCGGCCCUGUAUGCUCUGGGCUUCACCACAGCCGGAAUUGCAGCCGGAUCCGUGGCUGCCAGGAUGAUGUCUCUUGCUGCCACAGCCAACGGUGGGAGGGUGGCCGCCGGGAGCCUCGUGGCCAUAGGGCAGUCUCUUGGGGCAGCAGGACUCCCCACGUCUGUGAAGGCUAUCCUGUCCGCCCUGGGAGCUGUCAUCGGGGCUAUUGCACAGUGAUCCCCCGCAUGCCCACCGGGACCCUCACCCCAACCCGUCCCCACGCUGCGACCCCCUGCAUCCCCCCCAUUCCCCUGUAUCGGCUGUAUCUGACCCCCAAAUAAAGACCCCCCAGCGCAGAC